AUGAAAUUCACCACUACUACCAUCUUGGCUACCAUCUUGGCUCCCACUGCCUUUGCGAGCAAUGUUAGCUGCGUCUACCAGCAGGGUACUAAGGGGGAUCAUAUUGUUGGGCUUAAGGGUGCCGUUCAGGCAUAUGGCGGGCAAUAUCGUGUCUCUGGCAGGAGCGGCUCCACCUUUGCAACCUAUGGAAGCGCAAAACUGACGCUACGCCGUACCGGUGAUCACCCCUCGGUGAACAGCUAUACCGACGCUGCCACUGUCGCCAAUAAAAUCCAAGAAAUCAUCGACUGUUGCUACAACCACGGAUACACCGAGUGUGUUGGAAACGGUGACAUCACGUCCUUUUCUGAUGGCGGCCCUAUCAACGUGAACGUUGCCCAUAACUAG